AUGCCGCCCAAAAAACGCCCUUCAGCCGCCGCUGAUGGCCAGCCUCUAUCAAAGAGAGCGCGCAAGCCAAUUGCCGAGACUGCCGCGACUGCUCGUCCCAAACGGUUCGCGAAACUGCCACCGCGCGCAGCCAGAACAAAACCAACUGCUGCUGCCACGCCUGUUAAAACCAGCUCAGUGACGCCAAAGAAGAGAGGCCGUCCAUCGUUGAAGAGCGCACAAGAUUUACCAAAGACCACGACCACAGCCACCGCCGCGAAAUCAAAAAUCGCCGCUGCCAAAACAGUCACAGGUAAGCCCAAGAAGCGACUUGGAAGGCCGCCAAAGACCUCCAUCGCUGCCAUCACGCCAGCGAGAAGAGGACGGAGACCAGUGGGGGGACCCAGCAAGUUGGCUGCCGUGCCUGUCAAGAAGCAGACCGCGAAGAAGACCCGACUACUGCCGACUUCCUCGUCCAUUGGAAAAGCCGCUUUCGCGCACCUUAAAGAGAAAGAGCCCGACCUGACUAUUGAGGUUCCUGAAGAUGACGCGUACGGACCCGAUGGUCGAUCAUACUGGCUCAUGAAGGCCGAGCCGGAGUCGCGCCUGGUCAAAGGUGUGGAUGUCAAAUUCUCCAUCGACGAUCUACAAGCGGCUGAGGUGCCUGAGCCAUGGGAUGGUGUCCGUAACCCUGUUGCUCGAAACAAUCUGCGUGCGAUGAAGAAGGGCGACCAAGCCUUCUUCUACCACUCCAGCUGCAAGGUCCCCGGUAUUGUAGGCUUGAUGGAAGUUGUCAGAGAGCAUUCGGUCGACGAAUCCGCAUUCGACUCUACACACCCAUACUUUGAUGAAAAGUCAACCCGCGAUAACCCAAAAUGGGAGGUCGUCCACGUCGAGUUCCGACGCAAGUUUGACAAAAUCCUGAAAUUGGACACAUUGAAAGCCCACGGCCUUCCUGGGAAGCCAUUGGAAAACCUACAAACCCUGCGCCAGUCUCGCGUGAGCGUGUCCCGCGUUACGCCAAAAGAGUGGGAGUUCAUCAUGAGCUUGAUCGAUCCACCCAAGACCGACGAAGAGGAAGAGGCCGCCGACGCAGCUCCUGUUCCCGAGUCCACUGCCGACAAGGAAACCAGUGAAGCCAACAACGCCGUCAAUGGCGAAGCAUCUGGGGAGACUGGUAUUGUCAACGGCAGUUCCAGUGGACCAUUCACUGCGUCGCUGGAUGGAGCCUCCGAGAUCCCUGCCGAGAGCGAGACGACCAAGUCAAAAUUCUCAUUUUUCUAA